UGUAACACGAAACUCAGAUGUCGUUAUACGCGAAAUGAAGUAUAGCAUUUCAGUAAGCGAUGUAAUCAGUGAUUAAGGAAAAUACUUCAAUAUAUCAUUAUGUUUAACUAUGUGAAGCUGGUGGAAAGAAAUGGUAAAAUCUUGGACAUAUGGAUAUUAUUAAGUGAAUCAUGAACACGGAAAUUUUGCUCAAUGGCUAUUGUGUGAAGCUGGUAGCUGCCAUUAUUUAUAUAAUUUUAUCGAUAUGGUUAGAAAUACUAGAAGUAAAAUAAAAUAUCCCGCUGUUUUAUAUGUGAUAACGAAGUGUUGCAUAUCAUUAACAGCAGUCAGAAUAAUCAGUUUUAUGUUCGGCUCAAAAAGCUAAAUGUGCAAAGAAAAGAUUAAUGUUCGGAGUACAAAGUGUGAGUCUUCAGUACAUGGCAGCACCCACACUUGUCGGACCGAGUCUUAAACACAACUUUAAAAUCCCGAGAAACAUACGCUUACCACGUCGUUCUGACACUGUAGCUAAGAAAAUAAAUAUAAGGAAAAAAAUUGUACGUCCCGCACACGAUGAGGCUAUGCAAAAUAUCAAAUCACUCUAUCCGAAAGACGCUCAAUCUGCGCGCCAUAAUGCUAGCAGUGGCGGUACUCCUCGCCAAAUUCCUGUGGGAAAGGCCGACAUCUAUCGGAGAAAAUCCCAUUCAUCGCUACACCAACAUAGUAUCGGAUCCCUCGCUCUUGACUCAGACAUGGAAUCAGAGCCUAAGGGAAAGGGAGAUGAAGCGAUUUCCAGAUUUUAAGGCGCUAAAUCCGGACUUCAAGCCAGCAGAAGGACCGAAAGUGAUUUUGUUUUGGACCGAGUGGGAGAAAAAACUUUCUUGGGAACAAAGGUUCGGCACAGAGGAUGAACUGAUGGCAUGUCCUUCGGCGAGAUGUCACUCUACCUACAGAAAGGAAGACAUCUACAAGGCGGAUGCUGUUCUCUUCAAAUCUGAUAAAAUCAACCCGGACAAAAUGCCUUCCCGAGGCCGCUACUGGAACCAGCGGUGGGUGUGGGUGGGCGUGGAAGCUCCGUUGUCUCCUGAAGCGGAUCGAUCUCACGCCCUUCUGCGGCGUCUCGGGAGCUCAACCUUCAACUGGACCAUGACGUACCAUCCGGAGUCUGAGGUCUUGGUCACCAAAGGUUUCCUGACCUCUUUUCUGUCGACGUCGAGUUUGCUACGCCCCAGCCUCUUAGGCGAGCACAAAAGCGCUCUCGUUGCCUACCAAGAGGACAUAGCACUCAACACGACAUUAAUUGAAGUCAUGGGCGUAAAAUGGCGGGAUUUUGUAACGAGACCGAAACUUUUAAUGUCAUGGUUCGACGGCAGCUGCAAUACCUCCUCCAAACGCGAAGAAUAUAUAAAAAAACUCGCUACAUACAUCGAGCUGGAAUCAUAUGGCAGAUGUGGAAGAUACUCGUGUAGACAAUGGGGUUUCACGAGCGUUAGACUGUGCUGGAAAAUCUACAUGGCAACGAAAUUCCUCUUCGCUUUGAUCAUGGAGGAUUAUCUCUGCGACUAUUAUGUAUCCUUAGGGUUGUACAGAGCUCUGGAAUAUGGACUGGUGCCUAUUGUGUGGGGAGGCACAGCCUACGAUCACAUCCUGCCUCCUGGAUCUUACAUCGACGCCCGUAUGUACCAUCCACUGGCCCUCGGAAACCUACUCACGACGUUACGGCGAGAUCCUGUCGCUUAUAGCAAGUAUCACGUUUGGCGGAGAUACUGGGCCGUGACAAAACAAAGUGGUUUGUGCGAGCUGUGCCACCUCCUCCACAAUGACACCACAAGAGGGCACCACAUCGACAUACCCAAGUGGAGACGGGAGACGGAGCAGUGUGUGAAGGCGCCUUCGAAUAUGUUCCACGCUGACAACUGGAAGGAAGUGAUCUAUCAGUGAUUAGCCGUCGUGGGGAAGUGCAACGUUGCAAUGAUGCAUGUUGAUCAACUCUCUGUUUCUUUGUUUGUGGAUAUGUGAGCUGUAUUUUUGGGUUAAUAAAACACUGGGAUGUGG